AUGCUCAGGGAUUUAGAGGAAAAGGAACGCGUUUUUGAAACUUACAAGGUCGCAAGCGGUUCAAAUCUUCGCUUCAAGACCAGAUCAAUAAUGGAUUUUAUCGAUUUCGAAAUGCACAGAGUUAUUAGGGUUCCUCUUCACCAAAUUUACGACGUUGAUCCUGCGUUGUGCGAACUGCUCUGCAACGCCUUUUUCGGCAGAACUAAGUGCUGGAAACGUGAAGAUGUUAACGACAUAUCCAGCCAAGGAUACGACAUGGAUCUUUGGCCUAACUGCAAAUUUCACCUAUACGCAGGAGUUUUGUGCAUGUACGCAUGUGUUGUGAUGGAAAAGUUGUUCAGAGGUGUACAUGAUGAAUAUAUGGCAAGGCUUUACGAAGAGAACCGAAGCAGUUUUGAACAUCGUGCUGUUGACUUGCUGAAUGAUAUUUUCCGUGAAAAUGCCAGCAUCGCCCUAAAUGUGCUCGAGAUCGAUUACGAGCGAAUUUUCAAAGGAGGAGAAGCCGGCUUUUUUGAAGGAGGUCAGGUUUCGAAAAAGGCUGACACACGCACUCGUCAAGCGACCACGUGUUGGGGAGGUUGUUGUCGAGUUCGGACUCCAUUGGGCAUACGAAGCGAAGAAGCAUCGAUUGAACUAAUGGCAAUAGCGUUUAGAGCCAAAGCUAUGGAUUUUCUCGCCCACAACUGCUGCCAGAGUUUGAUUGAGAGACGUUGGCAUGGAAGACUCCGAUUGAGUCCGACGAGGACACUCAUCAGCUACUUGUUCCCAUGUUUUAUCUAUAAAGAAUUUGCUCUGAGAAAAGCAAGGGGACCCGAACUGAGGAAGGCAACUAUCGCUGAAGAACCUGUCGAGCCACCCUCUACUAUGGAAGAGCUGAUAAACGAUCAAAAUGGGAGACUUCUUUCUCAUGUUUCUAAAAAUCCAGGAUUUGCGAACGCUGUGGACUUGGACACUCCAAGGCUGGUUGCAGCUGAAGCAUCAACACCUACGUCUAUGGAAUUGGAAUACCUGCAGAAGCCUUCCAUUCUUAGCACUCGACGAGUUGCUACCCCUAAAAAUGUGAUGAAAUGCCCUCGAGUUCCUAAGUUUCCCGUGAAAGAACGAGACCUCUGCACCGUCCAUAGUAGUGGAGAUCCAUCACCGUCUAUAAUUGAGAGAAUUGCCCAAUCCACAGUGUUUCCAACAGAAGAAGAACAAAAAAGAGAUUCACCGAUCUACGAUCGAUUCGAUUUGCUUCCUCAUUAUAUCGCGAAGAAACCGCUUUGGCUUUGGUCUACAUUGAAGUUCUACACCACUACGAAAGCAAAAUUCUUCUAUCAUGUGGUUUUUCGUGUUGCUUAUGUGAUACUGUACAGCUGGGUUCUUGUUGCAAAACCAAGGAGAAGAUCGAGUGUACCGAAUAUCUCGAAUUAUUGGCCAGAAUUGCUCGUAGCACUUGUUCAGCUGUCACAAUUGUGUGAUGGCGUCGUCGGGAUCCGACAAAGGAUGCCUCCAGCUACACGUGUUUCUGAACCAUGGCUAUGCAGUAUUGCGGAAAGGUACACCAGAAAGUUCAAGAGAAUACGACUGGGGUUCUUUGAAUGGAGUUCUGAACACUUGUUUGGAUUCUAUCGUAAUAUGGUUAUAAUCGUCAAUUAUAUUUUACUAUCUGUACUUCUUAUUCAUGCAGGAUUCACCCAAGGCGAAAUUGUAGGUUAUUGGGCAGCGUUAGCAACUCUGAGUGAUCUGAUUUUCCAUGUUUCCUUCUUAUUUGCUGCUGUUUCUAUGAUACGGUUCCUGAGUGUCUUCUACUUUUUUAGUGUUCUUACGUUUAUGCUGAGGAGAAUGGUUAGGACUCUUGGGAAAUUUUUGUUGAUUUUUGUCAUGUUCUGGGUGAUAUUCGCAGUAUGUCAUAUAAGUAUGGCAGAAGAAUAUCCUGUUCGAAGUAAUCACUCACUAGUGUGGAUGAUGUUUCAAAAUGGAGCGUUUGAAAUUUUUGGUGAGGUUGACGACGAAGACAAAGUUGGAUCUGUAACAGGAUGUGGAGAGACUUCGUGGAAAUCAAUGUGGACGGCAAACAUUUCGGAUAUGCGCUGUCUUUUUCGUUCUACUCUAAUUCCUAUUACUGUAUUCACUUACAUGCUUGUUGCUAUAAGAAAAUGGAUUACUGUUAAUCGAGCAGGAAAGAAUAUGACGAAGUAUCAGGAGGAGGAUCUGCAAUUUACUGGAAAUACGAAAACUACUUUUUACUUGCAACAAGGUCGACCGUGGGGAACAUUAAAACAAGUGCGAAGACACUAUCGUGAUCUAAUUGACCUUGAUGAAGUCCGUAGAUUAGUCCCUAAAAAGAACAAGAAGUCACUGUUCCAUUCGCGUUUGAGAGAUUUGCUGAACUCUUCCUCUCAAGAAGAAGGGUCUAGUCCGGAAGGACGCAUUCUUAACGCACAAGCGUUGUUCCAAAACAUUUUCAAUAUCUUAAUGGAGUGUAUCCAAGAAGAAACUGGUCAGAUACGUACACGGGCCAAUACCGCCGUGGGAGAUCUUCAGAACCAUCUUCACCACUGCGGGUCCAACUCAAUGCCCGAUCUUCUAAAAGGAGAAUCAGCACCUGAGAUUUCAAGGCCAACUCUUUUGGAGUCCAAUAUGAGACGAUCUCCAUAUCACACGUUCUCUUCUGAUUUGCAGUUGGCUUAG